AUGAGACAAAAGAGAGCUAAAUCUUACAAGAAACAAAUGAAUGUGUAUCAUUACACAUUUAAAUUUCGAGAACCUUAUCAAAUCAUCGUUGAUGACGAAAUAGUCAACACUUGUCAAAAAUCCUCUUUCGAUAUCGGUAAAGGUUUAACUCGAACAAUCCAAGCCGAGAACAAACCAAUGAUUACCCAAUGUUGUAUACAAGCCUUGUAUAAUGGCAAAAACCAAGAUGCUAUAAACUUAGCCAAGACAUUUGAGCGAAGGAAGUGUAAUCAUCGUGAAGCUAUUGCACCACGCGAAUGCAUUAGUAGUAUAGUUGAUAUAAAUGGUGAGAACAAGCAUCGAUAUGUCGUUGCUACGCAGGAUUUAGAGUUGCGGAGGAAGUUGAGACAGGUUCCUGGUGUUCCAUUGGUUUAUAUGAAUCGAUCAGUGAUGGUUAUGGAGCCAUUAAGUAAUGCUAGUGCAAAGUAUAGUGAACAAUGGGAAUCCAAAAAGUUGACGGGAGGAUUAAAUGAUUUACAAGCGGGGAAAAUAGUUCAUGAAGAUGAAGAAGAUAUUGAGGAGGAGAAUACAGGGAAUGAACCGGCCAAGAAGAAAAGGAAAGGACCUAAGGGGCCUAAUCCGUUGAGUGUAAAGAAGAAGAAGAAAGCAGAAACUACUGAAAAGGAAGAUGGAGAGACGAAACACAAGAGGAGGAGAAAGCAUAAGAAGUCGGGAGAAAGACAGGAGAGCCACGGAAGUGAAGAUGAAAAAGGAGAAGCAAGAGGUGGAGCUGAAGACACGGAAAUGACUGCCGAAGAAACGGCAGGCCAAGCGACAGAACAAAACCAGUAG